AUGUUUAUAAAAGUCGGGAAGAAAAAAUGAUAUAUGAGUUUGAGGCAGUCUUGAGGAGUAAAUUUAAAUAUUUUAUUAAACUGAUAAUUAUUCAGUUCACGGAAGGAUCAAUUGUAACAGAGAUGAAUGGCACAUUCUCUCAACCACCCAAUAAUACUGAUGUUGAACUGGCACUCCUUAGUGCUAAUACAAGUUAUGAUGUCACCUAUGUGGAGGUCACAUCAACAUUCUUUUCUACAACUCCAACUCCUACAUCAACUCCAAACCUAGAUACGACAACUAACUCAGCUGCACCAACAUCCACAACACAAGCCCCAACAACUAUGACAACUGCACCAACAACCACAACACAAGCACCAACAAACACUACAGCCGCACCAACAACCACAACACAAGCACCAACAACUACGACAACUGCAUCAACCACCACAACACAAGCACCAACAACUACAACAAAGGCUGCACCAACAACAACGACAGCUGCACCAACAACCACGACAGCUGCACCAACAACUACAACACAAGCACAAACAACCACAACAUUUGCGCCAACAACAACAACAGUUGCACCAACAACCACAACACAAGCACAAACAACCACAACAGUUGCCCCAACAACCACAACAGUUGCACCAACAACCACGACAGUUGCACCAACAACCACGACAGCUGCACCAACAACCACAACAGCUGCACCAACAACCACAACAGUUGCACCAACAACCACAACAGUUGCACCAACAACCACGACAGUUGCAACAACAACCACGACAGCUGCACCAACAACCACAACAGCUGCACCAACAACCACAACAGUUGCACCAACAACCACGACAGUUGCACCAACAACCACGACAGCUGCAUCAACAACCACAACAUUUGCACAAACAACCACAACAGUUGCACCAACAACCACAAAACAAGCACAAACAACCACAACAGUUGCGCCAACAACCACAACUACUGCAGAAACCACCACAACAGCUGCACACACAACCACAACACAAGCACAAACAACCACAACAGUUGCGCCAACAACCACAACUACUGCAGCAACAACCACAACAGCUGCACCAACAACAACCACAACACAAGCACCAACAACCACUACAGUUGUACCAACAACCACAACAUCUGCACCAACAACCACAACACAAGCACAAACAACCACAACAGUUGCACCAACAACCACAAAACAAGCACAAACAACCACAACAGUUGCGCCAACAACCACAACUACUGCAGAAACAACCACAACAGCUGCACCAACAACCACAACACAAGCACAAACAACCACAACAGUUGCGCCAACAACCACAACUACUGCAGCAACAACCACAACAGCUGCACCAACAACCACAACAGCUGCACCAACAACCACAACACAAGCACAAACAACCACAACAGUUGCGCCAACAACCACAACUACUGCAGCAACAACCACAACAGUUGCACCAACAACCACAACAGUUGCGCCAACAACCACAAUAGUUGUGCCAACAACCACAAAACAAGCACAAACAACCACAACAGUUGCGCCAACAACCACAACUACUGCAGAAACCACCACAACAGCUGCACCAACAACCACAACACAAGCACAAACAACCACAACAGUUGCACCA